UAUUUCCCAGGGCGCAAGGACAGCAGGUGCCAUAAUGGACAUCACAAAACCCACCCCCCUGCCUUCGCCUGCCUGCAGUGGAAUAUAAAAGCUGGAGUCUAGGGUCUUGCGAUGAGGAACUGCCUGCUGGCAUAGAGGGAGAAGGGAAGAUUUUUUGUGAAGCACCAUUUUUCUAGACGCUGUGGAGCUGACGAUUUAUUGGGGCUAUGAAAACUCAAUCUCAGGACAAUCCUGUAAAACAGCAGGAGCACUUGAAAAAGCAAAGGGACAUUCUUGCUUACCGAAUGAAAAAACUGUCAGCAAAGCAAGAGUACUUCAUUAAAAACACAGCAGAACUGAAAGAAAAGAUCAGGAAGAAGUAUGAUAACAUGAAGCGAGUGCUGGAUGAGGACAUGCAAAUCACAAUGUGCCAGCUAGACAUGGAGCAGGAGGCUAUGGAGAGAACCACUGAGGAGAACAUAGAAAAGUGCUUCCAACUAAUUCAGGACCUGGAACAGCAGCUAGCUGAGACCGCCAAACAGCUGGACCAGGACAAAGCACGUGACUUGGACCAGAUUGCAGAGACAGACAGAAGGAUAAUGGAGACUUUGAAGGCGACAGAUCCAGAGUGUUUCCAAAUGGAUGAGUUUAAGAAUGAGCAGUUGCUAUGUUUAACUAUUAAUUUGCUCCUGUUCAUCCGCUCACAGGUUCCUGUCACCAAGAAACUCUUCCAGAGCUAUGCCCAAGAGGUGGUUCUGAACCCUGAUUCUGCUCAUCCGAAACUCAUCAUUUCCCCAGCAGGAGACUCAGUGACAUACACAGACACCUGGCAGGAAGUUCCAGAAAACCCUUCCCGCUUCGAUACCACCCUGAACGUGAUAAGUCAAGAGGGUUUCAAAGAAGGCCGCAAUUACUGGGAGGUGCAGGUCAGUGACAAAACCUACUGGGAGCUGGGACUCACCUAUCCCAGCAUCCCCAGGAAAGGUCGUGAGGAGCAAUGCUGGCUGGGGCGCGGACCCGAGUCCUGGUGUGUGGAAUACUUUAAUGGUGACUACACAGCGUGGCACAAUGGGGUUCCCCAUGAGCUCACCCAUUUAACUGGGAGGAAAUUCCAACGUAUCGGGGUCUUCUCCAGCUCAUAUGGGGGUCUCGUGUGUUUCCUUGGCUCAGACACCAUGACUCCGCUAUACAGUUUUUGUGUAGGCCCAUUUACAGACGCACUUCAUCAAGCUGUCUGCCCUGGUCAUGACAACCAGGGGACCAACUGGAAACCACUGCUGAUCUGUGAUGCCUCCAAGUCUGCGCCCACUCUGUGAUUGGAAAGGUUGGAGAGAUGGCAAGGCCAAAUAAACUGAAUAAAAAGCAGCCUAUGUACAGUAUAACAGUGUGAUUGAAUGAUGUAAAAUACAGACAAAAACGAAUUACACACAA